CUCUUCUCAAUCUUUCGCAACAAAGUCGAAUAUGGCUGCAGCGAGUAUCAGUAAGAAAAGAAAGUUUGUAGCUGAUGGAAUCUUUAGGGCUGAACUGAACAAUUUCUUAAGCCGUGAAUUAGCUGAAGAUGGCUAUAGCGGUGUAGAAGUUCGCGUUACCCCUACUAGAACUGAAAUUAUCAUCUCUGCCACUCGUACUCAAAAUGUACUUGGUGAAAAGGGUAGAAGAAUCCGUGAGCUCAUGUCUCUGAUUCAGAAACGAUUCAAUUUCCCCGAAGACAGUGUUGAGAUCUAUGCAGAAAAAGUUGCUGCUCGUGGUUUAUGUGCUAUCGCGCAGUGUGAAUCUCUCCGUUACAAAUUGAUCGGAGGCUUAGCAGUUAGAAGGGCUUGCUAUGGUGUAUUGAGAUUCAUCAUGGAAAGUGGUGCUAAAGGCUGUGAAAUCGUUGUCUCUGGUAAAUUACGUGGACAGCGUGCAAAGUCUAUGAAAUUUGUAGAUGGUUUAAUGAUUCACACAGGUCAACCCUGUGUUGAUUAUGUCGAUACAGCUAUUCGCCACGUAUAUCUUCGACAAGGUGUACUUGGUAUCAAAGUCAAAAUCAUGUUGCCAACAGAUCCCACUGGCAAGAGUGGACCUAAGAAACCAUUGCCUGAUUAUGUUAGCAUUUCUGAACCCAAGAGUGAAGUCUUUGAGCAAUAUGACUCUAGCAAGGAUAAUUAACCUGGAUGUUUUUUAAGCUACCGCAGAUCCGAUUUCAAUCGCUAGGUGUUGGAAAUACUGGAGGAUUUAUCAUGUAAUAUAUUGUCAUCCUUGACAUCAAGUUCAACAUCAAUAAAGUCAUUUAAAUUUAAUU